CUCACGCUCACAGCUACCAGCAGCAGCUCCUCUCUGUCUCUCCGCGCGGCCUCCACAGCUCUGCUGCCGUCCCCACCGAGGAAACCCCAUCCUAUCGUAUGUCAGCUAUCCAGAACCUCCAACACUUCGACCCCUUUGCUGAUGCAAGUAAGGGUGAUGACUGGCUCCCAGCUGGGACAGAGGAUUCCAUCCAUAUAAGGAUUCAGCAACGGAACGGCAGGAAGACCCUUACAACUGUCCAAGGGAUAUCUGAUGACUACGACAAGAAAAAACUAGUUAAAGCUUUCAAAAAGAAAUUUGCUUGCAAUGGUACUGUGGUUGAGCAUCCAGAAUACGGAGAGGUGAUCCAGCUUCAGGGAGACCAACGCAAGAAUGCUUGUCAAUUCCUUGUGGAGGUUGGACUUGCCAAGGACGACCAGCUGAAGGUCCAUGGGUUUUAAGCAGCAAAACAUGUCUGCAAAUAAAGUUAAAGAACCUCCUCUGGCAAUGCAUAGAAAACAAGCUCCUCCCUUGUCACAAGUUUAAAACUUGACUUGUGAAAUGCUGCCCCUUUAAGGACUGUAAUAAACUUUGUUAACUCUCUA